AUCCGCUGGGGCCGGGUUCGGGAGGGUGGACGGAGGACCGGCUGGCCACCAGUGCUCAGUCACCCAGCGGACAUAGCGGCGCAUGGACCUGCCGCAGCGCCCAGUUGCCGCUCAGUCCACCACUGGCACCCGACCUAGGCGGCGGCACACAGCGGCGGCUCGAACACUGCCACCGCUUAUUGCCAUCCUCACACCUGGCCCGAGAUUCACCUGUACUCACCCUGCGGACAUACCUCACACUCGGGAUAUUUCUUUAAGUGUUAAAUAAUGUAACAGAAGCGACCGUGUAGGUGAAGAAUUUUUUUAGGGAAUUCUCCCUCAUCCCGACUUGGGUUUAAUUGUGUCAAGUGAAGAAAGAUAUUAGAAAAUCAGUUGGUUCCUGGAGAGAGAAAAGGUGGAGGUGUGUGGUGGAGGGAGGGAGGUUGUGAGGGCAUGAUACUGAGGAGGUCGAGGACUCUGCCGCCACCUCCUGUAUGAAACUCCGCAGUCCUGACUCGGAUAAGAUGGAAGUGUUGUAUCCGGGCAAUCUGGCUCUACUGAGCAUGUUCCUCAAGAACCCAGAGACCGACAAAGGCGAAAUCAAGAAGGACGAAGGGAAUAAAGGUGACGGGCCCGGCGAAUGCGCCGACGUGCUGACGUGUGGGGUGUGUCAGAAGGACUUCCUGCUGGCAGACAUCCUGCGCUUUAUUCAACACAAGGUGCAAAACUGUCAGGCCCCCAAUUCGCGUUGCGGCCACAACGGCUCUUCCAGCGAGCGAGACUCCAUCGCCGGCCCGCCAAGCUCAAGAGACCACAAUGGUGACUUGGGCUCUGAAGGCCCCUCCAACCCGGCCAGCCCCGCUGCCGUCAAGAAGGAAGGGGACGACUGUAAGGCCGACGAAAAGCGUAAGAGAGACGAUGAAGGCGACGCCCCUGCUCGGAAAAAACCCCGUAGCACGCAAGACGCUGAAGCAAACACGACAGACUCCGAACCUGCGAGAUACGUGUGUGGGACGUGUGGUGCCGUGCUCGGGUCAGCUUGGUCUCUGGUGCAGCACGUACAGUCGUCGCACGGGAUCAUCAUCUACCAGGAGGCUCCCGGAGGCACGCCCGUCUCCACGCCUUCCACGCCCCCGGGCGUGCCUAGACCCUCCCAUUCUUCACCUCUUGCCUCUGUGUCUUCCACGGGCACCUCUGGGCAAGGCCCCCACCCACCUCCCCUUCAGCUCCUCGACCCUUCCAAAGUGGACCUCACCAAAGUGGACAUCACCAAGGUGGAUUUGUCCAAAGUAGAUUUGAGACAAAUUACACCACCAGUGACAUCAGGCGCGACGCCCUUGCCGCCUCACCCUCCCGUGACGGCACCCUUACUCGACCCCAAUCACCCCUUCAAUCUCCUUCGGGUGCCUUUAGGGGAUGCCCGUGCACCCUUUCCUCCAGGUCUGGCUCCACCGUUUAUGCGGCCUGGCCACGACUUCCGCAUGGAUCAGCUCCUUCAGGAGGGACUGCGCCUCAACCCCGGUCUACUACCACCGCACUUCGAACGGCCGCCCUUUCUUGACCCCGGGCUGGGCGCACCCCGCCAUGCGGCGCCCACGCCCCUAACUUCAGGCGGUGACCCCAAUCUUGACUUCUACUCCCAGCGACUGCGACAGCUGGCGGGCACCACCAGCCCCACCAGCUCCACCUCGCCUCGGAAACCUCUUCCAACACCUCCGUUUGCCUCGCCAAAUGCUCCAACGCCCUCCAAUCUGGCGCCAUCCCAAAUGCCCACCUCCACACGGACUGACCCGGCGUUAAUAGCGCCGGAGAGACGCUUUAAAUGUAUGACCUGCUGUAAGUGCUUCAGGUGGGAGAGUAACCUGGCCAUCCAUCAGAGGCUCCACACAGGUGAGAAGGACUACCGCUGCCCGAGGUGUCAAGAAACUUUACCUACGCCCCAAAAAUUACGUUUGCACAUGAAGGCACACAAGAAAAAUUCAAGCGCAGAAAGUGCUUCUCCAGACUCCUCACGCCCUCAGACUGAGGACGAUAAUGACGAGGAAGAGGAGGAAGAGGAAGAAGAAGAGGAAGAGGAAAUAGACGAGGAUGAUGAUAACCCUUCCAUUUGUGAUAGCGGGGAAGAGGAAGAAGAAGAUAUUGCGGAAGAAGACAUGGAUGAUGAUGAACCCGAGGACCUCUCCACUACCUCCAAGAGUACACCAGUGCCCACCUCUCAGAGUGUGUCCUCUAGCACAGCAGACAACCACAAGUUGUCCAGAGGAGAUCAACAGAAGUCAGUGGUUGGGGAACUCAUGGAUAAGUUUGGGCUGACGAGCAUCUCUGCUUACAGUGAAGCUUACCACAUGGCGCUGAAGGAAUCUGGUCGUCUUACCCACCACAUCGUCGGGAAAGAUGGCGAGAAGAUCCACACGAACGGAAUCGAGAAGCUCAAGUUGAGGGAUGAUCUGACGAAAGGGUUGAUGGGUUCUCAGCCAACCCUUGAUGUGGCCCAUCAAACACUUUUGGGAGCUUUUGAUAAUCCUUACGAUGCACAGAAGCGCUUAGUCCAAGCACAGAGAGAAGGCAGCUUGUAUGCCGGACUCUGGCUUCCAAACCUGGCGGGUACAGGAGGGUCUCCAAAAGAACUGUUCCACGGUAUGCAGUCGUCAGAAGCAAACUUUUUGCAACGUAAACUAUUGACAGAAGGGUCCAUUAAGCCCGGGGAUGUUCCCGUAGGCCUACCCAAGCCUGGCACUAGUUCAGCGCCGGGGACGCCAAUCUCCUUAGUUCCCCCACCUAAAAAAGAGAGCCGAAGGAAUGACACCUGCGAAUUCUGUGGCAAAGUGUUCAAAAACUGCUCGAACCUAACAGUUCACCGGCGCUCUCACACUGGGGAGAAGCCAUAUAAAUGUGACCUCUGUAGUUACGCAUGUGCGCAAAGUUCAAAGCUCACACGGCAUAUGAAGACGCAUGGUCGCAUGGGCAAGGAUGUUUACCGUUGUCGAUUCUGUGAUAUGCCAUUUAGUGUCGCCUCCACGCUAGAAAAGCAUAUGAGAAAAUGUGUCGUGAAUCAAAAUAAGAAAGGCUUGUUCCCUCCUCUUUCGGCCGGAACCCACGAGGGCCUCGAAUCUUACAAGGGCCUCCACUUCACGCCCGUCAUCAGUGAUGAUUCUUCCAAAUCUGGGAGCCUGUUUUCCCCUCACUUUAAUGCCGCCGCCACCGCCAACACCUCCAAUGAGGACACUGGGGACUCCUCCAAUCUGUCGGGGCCCGGGUCUUGAGAUUGGGCCCCCAUGGUAGCGUCCCAACUGCCGCCGCCAGGGACCCAAGGACUCGCUCCUCCAUCCCUGGGGUUUCCCAGGUCGGCCCCUCAUCCCUGGGUGGCAUCUAGCCGCCCGCCUCCCCCACUCCUACUAAGGGGUGUGACUGGCCCUCUGGCUCCGACGGCGCCGCCCUGGACGUCGCCGGUGGCGCCGCGGCCUCCCGGGACACCACCCCGAGCCCCAGCGCCGCCUACCUGACCGGCGGCGGCAGCAGCGGCAGGGCGGGUGGCGUAGCCCGCACAUUCCCACACCUCGCGUCACGUUGACUUCCCAGUGAGCGGUGCCCAUGUCACGCCCGCGUGGCAGCAGUGGGUGCCUCGACAUGCUAGUCCUGUGUGUUGUGCGACGGUGGCAGCAGCAGCAGCAGCAGCACACCCACACUCGGCCCAUUGUUCCUAUUGAUGUUAUGUGUUGUGUAGUGUAUGUUGUCCUACCUUGACUGGUCACAACAGUGGCGGCCGGUGAACUAGCCUUCCCAGAGUGCCAGUACCAGCAGCUGACCCGCACCAGUGUCACCAGCAGCUCACCGCACCAGUGCCACCAGCAACCAAACCAACAACAGAAGCACAAGGAGCCUGAUAGAAAAGAAACACCGCAUUCUUGAACUUCGUAUUUUUUAUGAGUUUCAAAACAGUACUUGGCCAUUGAUCAUGAUCUAAUGAUGAACUCUGUACAUCGUUACUAAGGUUAAAAUCCAUGUCCUUCCAAACACACAUCUCUAAUUGCUCAAGAUUCGUGUGAGAAAUGGAACACCAGCACCGCAAAUCAUCCGGUACCUGCAGUUGUAAAAAUGCCAGACGACUGAUCAUCCACGCUUUCAUAGGGAAUAAGACCAUCAAAUAUAUGAUCAUCCACACCUUCAGGAGGAAUGAGACCCCUAGAUGACUGUUCGAUCCUCUACACUUGCAAGAGGGAAGAGGCCCCCAGAUGAUGGGUCACCCACACCUGCAGAAAGAAUAAGACCUUCCUGUGGCCUCUCCAGACAGAUGUGUUGCUUCACCCAGAAAAUUUUUGGUUUUCUUAAAGCGGGUCUGGCAAGUUUGUUGAGCUUAGCACUGCUGUAGUCAGCAAGUUACAGAGAUAUUUGGUGCACAGAUGGCUACCCUUUUCACCUCAGGGACAUCAUUUGGGACUUGACUGUCUACAUGGGAGGGGUACCGAUUGAAAAAUUAUAAUAAAAAUAAUAAAAACUACCUGUUCAAGACUGCAGGAAUGAGAGAUGAACAGGAUAGUGAAAACCAGAACACUGACGUGAGCGUUCAGUUGUGCACGUUUCAAUGAUUAACACUGAUACUUCCUUUUUCAAUAAUAUCGACUUUACGAAUUGCUUUCAGCCAUUCUUCCGAAAGAGAUGGGGACUAAUUAAAAAUUAUAUUUUCAUUCCUUAUAUCUGUUAAUAAGUUAUAUUUUUUGAAUCUUUUGUUUUUAAAUAUUUGCUUUAAAUAUAUACACAACUGCAGUUGCACAUAUUAAGACAUGUCGAAAGCCUCAGUAUAAUGAUCGAGAAAAAAGUGAUUAGUCUCCCGCCCAGCUCAGACAUCUCUCUCACAGCUGUGCCUGGCUCACUUGUCUAUUCUGAAUCAAACAUCUUGUUAUUUGUAUCACACAUAUGUGUUUCAGCUCAAAAAUAAUCAACAAGGAGACAGAAACUCAGAAGAGGAACCCAGAAAAGGGUCGAAAUAUACAGAUUAAUUAAUCUUCUGAGUUGUUGUCUCCAUGUGAGUUAUUACUGAGCAUUGACAAGUUUUCAUUACACUUUAGUUAUUCAUGUAUGUACAAUAAUGUAGUUCUCUGUUCAAAUGUCUAAAUCUGCUCCAACGGAACACUUGUCGCAAUCCGAACAUGGUCAUCAGCACCAUCUAAAACCAGCUCUGAGUAAACAGUGACUGGAUCUUGGAUUUUCCCAUUGCGGAAAGGUACGGAUAAGUUGCUAAAACUUCUCCUUCAACUGGAUUUGACAGGAUUUUAAGAUAUAAACUUAAAACAAUAUCUCUUUUAUUUAUUGUAUUUGCGUUUUAGUAUUGUGUAAAGCAUAUCCUGAUGAAGAUGAUAAUUGAGAGAAAAGUGGCCAAAAAUGAAAUCGAAAGCGUAUUUGCUAUGACUAGCACAUGAACCAAAGCAAAACAAAAAAGAGAAAAGACCUUAAACUACGAGUUGCUACGACACUCUUGUCCCGAACGACCCUAGUUAUCUCAGGAGCUACCGACUACAGUACCGGGAGACAGGACUAGUGCUAGGUGAUAUAACCUUUCUAGGUGGCGCAGAUUGGCGUGGCGUGGUCCUAGCUAGGUGGCACGGCCGUGCUAGGUAGCUGGACGAAUUUGUUCGACAUUGAUAGGCAUUCAGUAAAUAUCAGUGGUGUGACUUUCUAUAUAGUCACACCCAAAGCCAGGGAAGCUAGUAUCAACUACAACAACAGAUUUCGACCAUCAUCAAGUCUUGAAAACAUCUAUAAGAUAGACACAAUUAUCGUACUGGCGACAACAGUGAAGAUACGCUGCAGAGCAAACUUAUAUUGUGACAUUUCGCUCUGUGUAGAACUUUUAAAAGUUAAGACUUCAUAAAUGUCUAACAGAGCCAAACGUCCCAGUUAAAGCUUACUCGGCAACAUGUCUUUACAUCUAUUAGAUAUUCUAGUUCAGUAUCUCUACUGGGUAAAUUUAAACAGUAUUUGCCUAUAACUAAUUUUCGAAGGAAGAAUGCAAUAUUUUUCUUUGAUAUUAAAUUUCAGGAAAAAAGAAUUCACUCACUUUAGAGUCAAGCCUACAAAACCGGUCUUCAGCACAAUGGCCUUUUAGUGUCUGUUUCUCCUCGUCAGCGGUCAAUCAGUAUUAUUCUUGUUUUAACUGUUUUUACUUUUAUACUCUUAUUUGCCUUAUUUUUUUACUUUACAUAUCGAGUUUUCUUGCCUGUAGAUGGUUUUCUGCAGUGACGUCACUGUAAACACACAAAUUCCUAUUUGUUUUGGCUACAUUCCUUUAUAGUUUACUUUAUUUUUUUUUGGUACGUCUAGAAUGUCAUUACUCUUAAAUACUUGUUUAAACAUUUGCGUUUUAGUUUUUGGAAUCUUGAAAUCAAAACUUAGUUUUUGCUCUUCAUUAGUGAAAGUUAGUAUGUGCCAUAUUAGGAAGACUUUCCCUUGCCAAUGUUUGGAGCCGAGAGAGGCUAACUUGACUUCUAAACUAAUGUAAAUAAAAAGAGCAUUUCCAGUUUGUUUCAAUGCUCGAAUUUACGUCUUCAGUUUAGAAUCAAAUCUGUUUUUUCUUAUAUAUUCUCUAUUUGCUCUAAUUUUUUUUAUUAUGAAAGCAUUAGUGUUUGGGCUUUAAUUAUCAGUUUAAAAGUGGCUCUUUAUAUAUAUAUAUAUA